AUGGCUAGAGCAAGUCAGAACCUCAUCGGGGAAUGGCCAAGACAAGUUAGAAUUUUGGCAGAGGGUGACCAGAAGAUUGUCAGAGGAGAGCCAGAAGAUCACCAUAAGACAAGCAGAACAUCGUCGAAGGACAGCCAGAGGUCGCCAAAGGAUGGCCGAGAUGCAAUUGAAACAUUGCUAGAGGAUGAUCAAAACGUCAUCGAAGGACGACUGAGCAGAUUAGAAUGUCACCGGAGGGCGACUAGAAGGUCGUUAGAGGAUAGGUUGGGUAGGAUGAGGACAAUUGGAGAAUGGCGGGACAUGUCAAUUUAUCAUUGGAGGUCGACCGAAAGAUCAUCGGAGGAUGGCCAGGGACAGAUGGUUAUGUCACCAAAUGAUGACCGAUAUGGCGUUGAAGAUCACCAGAACAGCGCUGGAGGAUGGCCAGAAGGAGAACUUGAGGAUGGCUAUGGAGAAUGA